GUUUCGUCUCCUGCCUAGAAGCUAAGGGAAUAACCAUACGGCGAUCCUACUACAGUAAAGGGGAGGUGGGGACCGUUACUCUUGUGACCGUUGGUUCCCCCAUAUUACGUUGAAGCGUUAGUAAGCGAAGCGCGUUCUCGAAGAAGGGACGUUACUCUGUGCAGCACAGGGGGGAGGUGGUGGUGUGAUUGGUUGCCUGGCCGGGCAGGAGAAGCGGCAGUUGUACUCCUCCCCCCUUCACCAACCCACUAACUGCUGGCAGCUUAAAAGCGGCGGGAGCCCGGUUGGCAGCGAGGGAGGGGCGUCGCCGGCAGUGCUUCCCGGGCCUAUUUCCGGGCUGGCGGAAACGGAAAGGUUGAACUCACUUCUGACUUCAGUUCACCUAAGCAAGGAGAAAUUGACGUUUCUUCAACUAUCGCUGACUGAAUUUGCUAGUUUGCCAUUGUCUCUGGGAAAGUAAUAAAGAUACAUGUGUUUUAAUGAAGAGAGUGGAAAAACCAGAGGGACACAGGCAAAUGAGGCCCAAAACCUUCCCGGCAAGCAACUACCCGGUCAACAGCAAACAGAUGCUCAUGGAAAUUCGCGAGAGCCUGCGUCACUUGCCAAAACCGUCUGAUGUUGCCAAGACAGAGGAUCCCAGACAGGGACGCAAUCCUACGAAGUUUGUUACAUACCAUAAAGCCCUGGCUGAGAUUCGCAACUCUCUGCAACCUUUUGCUAAUGCGAACGGAAGCUCUCAGAUAAGUGGGUCCGACGUCAACAGGCAAAUGCUUCAUGACUUGCAGGCUGCAGGUUUUGAUGAGGAAAUGGUGAUCCGUGCCCUUCAGCAAACCAACAACCGCAGCAUAGAAGCAGCGAUCGAGUAUAUCAGCAGGAUGAACUAUCAGGAGCCAUACCGGGAACCGCUGAUUACUGUACCUGCAAGACCACACAAUGUUGGCAUGAAAUCUUCAGGUAAUCCGCAUUCAGUGAAUCGCAGGCAAAGUUGGAAGGGUUCGAAAGAAUCUCUGGUACCUCAGCGCCACAUCUCUCCUCUGUCUGACAGUGUUGUUUAUGGAUCUGAAAAUCCCAAUUCUCAAACUGAAAUGGGCAGACCUCUUUCGGGAUCUGGCCUCACAGCCUUUGCCCAAUCUCUUGGUAAUGGACAAAGAGUUAAUCCUCCUCCACCAGCACAAAUAAGAAGUGCCACUCCACCACCGCCUCCUCCAAGGGGCACCACCCCCCCUCCACCAUCUUGGGAUCCAAACUCUCAAACUAAGCGUUAUUCUGGUAACAUGGAUUACUUAAUCACCCGCAUAUCACCGGUUCCAUCUGGAGGCUGGCAAGAAACAUAUCAAACUUCCUCUAUAAACGCACAAUCUCAAGGUCAGAGGGCUAUGAACCCUGUUCCUGUUGGAAGACAACCUAUCAUUAUGCAGUCGUCCAACAGCAAAUUUGGCUACUCUGUGAGAUCUGGAGUGCAAAAUGGCAGCGGACAACCUGAAUUUUUAGGUCAUCAAGGACCUGGAAAUGUGGUAAGCCGUCAACCACCUCCCCCUUACCCUUUGUCUAGUGGGCCAAGCACUGCUUCAUCUCAAAUGCAAGUCGGUGCUGGACCGAUGUCAUCUUCUGCCUACAACAAUAGCAAUCUGCCUCCAUCCAUGUUGGUUCCAAACAGAAGUAGCCACAAUAUGGAGCUAUAUAACUUAGGCAUUCCAAAUCACCCCACUUCUUGGCCCCAGUCUUCAUCUACCCAGGCACCUUCUGGGAAUGGUCACGAGAUGGCCUCCUGGCAACCAAAUAUUCCUGUUAGGUCCAAUUCUUUCAAUAAUCCUUUAGCAAAUAGACAAGUUCAUCCUGCUAAUACUCAGUCUUCUGCUACUACUGUGACUGCAAUUACUCCAGCACCAAUUCAGCAGCCUGUGAAGAGCAUGAGGGUGCUAAAGCCAGAGCUUCAGACUGCGCUAGCACCAGCCCAUCCAUCUUGGAUGACACAAAGUGUACAGCAAGGACAUUUCCCAGAGGCGGUGUCGCACAGCAACACUUUCCAGUCACCACAAGCAGAGGCACCGAAUUACCAAGGGCCACCACCUCCAUAUCCAAAGCACUUAUUACAGCAAACCACUCCAUCAUAUGAGACAGGACUGAAACCAAGUAAAGACGAAGCACAGGUAGUAUCAGCAAAUGCCCAAGAAGAAGGAGAGAGGAAUGUAGAGACUGGGGAAAUUUCAGAGAAGGAAAAAAAGCAGAUAAGCACAUCUCCUGUACCAGUCAGAAAGAACAAGCGGGACGAGGAAAGGAGAGAAUCCCGUAUCCAGAGCUACUCGCCCCAGGCUUUUAAGUUCUUUAUGGAACAGCAUGUAGAGAACAUCUUGAAAUCUCACCAUCAACGAAUCCACCGCAAGAAGCAGCUGGAGAACGAAAUGAUGCGGGUGGGUUUGUCACAAGAUGCCCAGGACCAAAUGAGAAAAAUGCUGAGUCAGAAGGAGUCCAAUUACAUUCGCCUUAAAAGAGCCAAGAUGGACAAGUCCAUGUUUGUUAAGAUAAAAACUCUUGGUGUUGGGGCUUUUGGGGAGGUCUGUCUGGCCAAAAAGAUGGACACCAAUGCCCUGUAUGCCAUGAAGACUUUAAGGAAGAAAGAUGUUCUCUUGCGCAACCAAGUGGCCCAUGUAAAAGCUGAGAGGGAUAUCUUGGCAGAGGCAGACAAUGAAUGGGUAGUAAGGCUUUACUAUUCCUUCCAAGAUAAGGACAACCUUUAUUUUGUUAUGGAUUAUAUUCCUGGUGGAGACAUGAUGAGUCUGCUUAUCCGCAUGGGAGUCUUUCCUGAGGACCUAGCCCGCUUCUAUAUUGCUGAGCUAACCUGUGCUGUUGAAAGCGUCCACAAAAUGGAUUUCAUCCAUCGUGACAUUAAACCUGAUAAUAUUCUUAUAGACCGUGAUGGCCAUAUCAAGUUGACAGAUUUUGGGCUCUGUACUGGGUUUAGGUGGACACAUGAUUCAAAAUACUACCAAAGUGGGGACCACUUAAGGCAAGACAGUAUGGAUUUUAGCAACGAAUGGGGAGAUCCAGAAAACUGCAGGUGCGGUGAUAGACUAAAACCACUUGAGUGGCGAGCAGCACGUAAGCAUCAGCGGUGUCUUGCGCAUUCUCUCGUCGGGACACCAAAUUACAUCGCGCCCGAAGUGCUGCUACGUACAGGUUAUACCCAGCUCUGUGAUUGGUGGAGUGUGGGGGUUAUUCUUUAUGAAAUGCUUGUUGGACAGCCUCCUUUCCUGGCACAGUCUCCCGUGGAAACACAAAUGAAAGUGAUCAAAUGGCAAACAACCCUUCACAUCCCUCCACAUGCUAAACUUUCCCCAGAAGCCUCUGACUUCAUUGUUAAGCUAUGUCGAGGUCCUGAAGAUCGUUUGGGCAAAAAUGGAGUCGAUGAGAUUAAAGCUCACCCUUUCUUUAAGAACGUUGAUUUCUCUAGUGACUUGCGGCAGCAACCAGCCUUGUACAUUCCGAAAAUUACUCACCCCACAGACACGUCUAACUUUGAUCCUGUGGAUCCUGAUAAACUGUGGAAUGAUGAGGAUAAAGACAGUAACAAGAACGACACCCUGAAUGGGUGGUAUAAAAACGGCAAGCACCCUGAACAUGCUUUCUAUGAGUUUACUUUCAGGAGAUUUUUUGAUGACAAUGGGCAUCCAUACAACUACCCUAAACCCAUUGAAUAUGACUAUGAUGAAGAGGGCAGCGGACCCCGGCAGUCUAAUGCAGAGGAGAGUAACCAAGCUGGGAGUAGACCUAUCAAUCGAGAUUUGGUAUAUGUUUAGAAAAU